AUGUCCUGAGAUGAUGUAAUGACAUGGCAGUCAAUAGUUAUAGCUGACAAUGACACAUCAUCAAGUGUGCAAAAACUAUCGAAAAAUUGUUAAAGAAUUUUUUAAGACUAUGUUUGAUUCAUUUAUUUGAUAUUUACACUAAACGAAAAGCAAUUGGUGAAAAGGGUUAUAUCGUUAAAAAUUGUAUUCGUUUUUAUAAAUACGAUAAAUUUAUAAAUAUUUUCCACCGGUAUUUGGUGUCAUUUAAACAUUUUAAAUCAUUAGAAUGAAGCAUGUGCGGGAAUUUCCUUUUUGUUUCCUAUUAAUGUGGAGUGAAAAUCAACAAGCAUCGAAGCUGUUAAUAAAUUUACGGUUGCAUCAGACUGUCAGAUUCUUUGAAGCUUUCGUUGACACAACGUCAGAAAAGUUCCGGAAUAACUUUAUUUUAGCAAAUUAACAAAAGAGAUUCAAGAAUGUGGGUUUUUGGCUAUGGAUCCUUAAUAUGGAAGGCUGAUUUUCCUUAUGAAAAGAAAAUUGUCGGAUACAUAAAAGGAUAUGUUCGUAGAUUUUAUCAAAAGAGUGUCGAUCACAGAGGAGUGCCGAAUAAGCCUGGUCGAGUGGUGACACUAAUGGCAUCAAGAGAUCCGGAAGACGAAGUGUGGGGUGUAGCUUACAAAAUUUCGAAAGACAAUAUCGAGCAUGUUGGUAAACAUUUGAAUUCACGUGAAAGUGGAUACGAGAGAAGGACUGUUUUAUUUAAUCCAUGUAAAACAGUAUCGACAAUGGAUGGGGAUUUAUUAAAUAGCAAUAUUACGACAAAUAUAUUAAUAACAAAAAAUUCAUCGACUGUUACUUUAUCGGAGACAGAUGAAUUGCCUUUCCAUGUUACAGUUUACAUAAGCAGAGAAGAUAGUCCCCUAUUUACGGGGACAGAAGAUUUAAAUACAAUUGCAAAUCAUAUAUUAGAAUGCUGUGGUCCAAGUGGACCAAAUAUAGAAUAUUUGUACAAAUUAGCAGCUGCGAUGCGACUUAUUGCUCCAACAAUAAAUGAUGAGCAUUUGUAUUCACUCGAAGAGGCGGUGAAAAAGUUAGAAGUGGAGAAACAGUAUUAUACUAGCUAGUAAAUUUUUCAAUAUAUAUUUAAUAACAAAUCUCUAAAGUAAUAUAAAAAUUGAUUAUCUAAUUAUUUCAUCUGUUUUCCAAAUACAACAAUUUUUUAUAUUUAAAAA